UAGCCGUCCGGCUAAAGUGCAGUGUUUUCUCGUUUCAGCUGGCUGGAUAGCUUCCUGUUUUCCAGACUGACAAUAAUGGAAAAUGAUGUGGUGAAACGAACGCUGAUAAAUCUGAUAUCAUUUCCCUCUGAUAUUUACGAUUUAUGAAGAUCUCAUUUUAAGAUGGAAGAUGGUAUGUAGAAGCGAUGCAGGUAUGGUGAGACUGAGGACUAUGAGACUCAAGGAAUGACCAUUGUAUGGGCUCUAAAUAGCUAUCCCUUUUCUUUGAGUAGGGCAGGUAAUCUGUGGCUUAAGCAAGACCAAAGGCCAAAGUUGCUACAGUCAUCUAUCUAUCACCAUUCCCCCCGAUCACCCCUCAGAAGGAGCCUGGAUAUCUCAAGAGGAAGCACAUCCAAAGCACAAAAAGGAGUGGACUCCAGGCAUGGCUACACAGGGCAAUCCAGGUCUGGCAGAAGCGUAGCCUGUACACCCACGUCUGUUAAUUCAGCGCCCCGGUGGCUUGCUCCCUGAGCUGUCGCAUGUCGCGGAUCAGGACCACUCUGGACUCUGUGUCGAAAGUCAUUAGCGGGAAGCACACGGACGUCCUGUCCAGGAUAGCACGCCUGAAGCCGAGCGCCGCUCCGGUGGGAAGGGGGUCAGAGGCAAGCCUGGAGGACAGGCAUGAGAGCCCAAGGAGUGAAGCUGCCCUCCCUGCAGCCAUGACGGUCCCCGAGCAGGAGGAGAGGACGGGGCCCGCGGAGACAGCCGUCCAAGCCAGUGGGAAACAGCUGACCCCACCGACCAAACCAGAGGCUGGCAGUGUGGCCGCCAAGCACCCUACAGAGCUCUACCACCCCAGCUAUUUCUCUACCGGUCUGGGUGAAACCUACAAUUACCUGUCCCACCACAUAAAUGCAUAUUUUGGGAGUGCAUUAAAGGUUGAGGAAAAGGUUGUCGAACGCAAAGAGGACAACAGCAAGGCCUCUACAACCGAGCAGGAGGGCUCACCUCCCAGCCGAGGGGACCACAUUCCUGUUCUGAUGCCUGUGUCAGACAAAGUGUCCGCUGAGUCUGCUCCAGCUCCUGCUCCCAGCUCAGCUGGCCGUCCUUCGACUGGCCCUGCUUCAGACGGUCCUAUUCCAGACAGCCCCAAUCCAAAUGCUCUUCCUCCGAAUGUCCCUGCUCCAACUGUCCCCACAUCUCCCAAGAAAAGGAUAGGACAUUACCUCUCAUACCCUUCUCCCAGCGUGCAGGCUUUUGUUGGCAGUUACAUCACCCCGUUAGUUCCCAAAUUUCGCUCAGAUCCCAAAAGUAUUGCAGCAGAAAAGGAGAAGACACCUGCUGUUGAAGAAGCACUUUCAAAGCCAGGAGAAGUGGCUGAGAGCAAAGCACAGAAAGCAGCCGAGGACCAGGCUAAACAGCGGCUACAGCAAAGAGAGAAGAUCAUUGCAAGUGUGACCGUGGACAACCGUACCAGGGCCCUGGUCCAGGCUUUGCGCAGAACCUCGGAUGUGAAGAUCUGCAUCAACAGAGUGGAAGAUUUGAGCUACCACCUGCUAGAGUUCCCGGAGACCAGCGGAGUGGCAGUCAAGGAGAGGGUGAUCCCCUGCCUUCUGCGCCUCCGGCAGACGGGUGACCUCGCCCUGCAGGCAGCUGUGCGCGAGGCCCUCGCCCUGGUGGGCUACACCGACCCCGUCAAAGGCAGGGGCAUCCGGGUCCUGUCCAUCGACGGAGGAGGGACCAGGGGUUUGGUUGCCCUCCAGGCUUUGCACAAGCUGGAAGCCCUCACUGGCAAGCCCAUCUACCAGCUGUUCGAUUACAUCUGCGGUGUCAGUACAGGUGCUAUACUGGCCUUCAUGCUGGGGGUCUUCCAGAUCCCUCUGAACGAGUGCGAGGAGAUGUACAGGCGGCUGGGCUCCGACGUCUUCAAGCGGAAUGUCAUCGUUGGCACGGUGAAGAUGGGCUGGAGCCACGCCUUCUACGACAGCGAGGCCUGGGAGACCAUUCUCAAAGAAAGGAUGGGGGCUGAUGUCAUGAUCGAAACUUCCAGAAACCCCAAAUGCCCAAAGGUGGCAGCAGUAAGCACUAUAGUGAACAGAGGGACGCCACUGAAGGCCUAUGUUUUCAGGAACUACAACCUGCCACCGGGGGUCCGGUCCCACUACCUGGGAGGCUGUCAGCACAAGCUGUGGCAGGCCAUCCGAGCCUCCUCGGCUGCUCCGGGCUACUUCCAGGAGUUUGUGCUGGGGAACGACCUGCACCAGGAUGGCGGCUUGCUGAUCAACAACCCCACGGCGCUGGCCAUCCACGAGUGCAGGUGCCUGUGGCCCAACACCCCGCUGCAGUGCGUGGUGUCCCUGGGCACCGGCCGCUUCGAGAGCCCCGGCAACAGCGCCACCUACACCAGCCUCAAAGCCAAGCUCAGCAACGUCAUCAGCAGCGCCACCGACACCGAGGAGGUGCACACAAUGCUGGACGGCCUGCUGCCCCCGGACACCUACUUCCGCUUCAACCCCUACAUGAACGAGGACAUCCCGCUGGACGAGAGCCGCAGGGAGAAGCUCAACCUGCUGCAGACGGAGGGGAUGCGCUACCUGGAGAGGAACGAGGACAAGCUGAAGAAGGCGGCCGGCGUGCUGUUGCAGGAGAAGAGCAGCAUGCAGAGGCUGGCCGAGUGGCUCCGGCUCAAGGCCGACAUGUACGACGGCCUGCCCUUCUCCUCCAAGCUCUAGAGCUCGCCGAGGGCAAGCCUGAAAAGCUCCGCCACUUAACGCGAGCUCUCUCCUUCCAGUUCGCACACAAUGACGCUAACAAAUAAUCCAAACACUUGCUCCCUUUAUUCGACAAAACAUUGUGUGUCGAUUUGAAAAGGAGAAGCAGCAGGCACACUAUGAGUGGUCCAGAACUGGACUUUCCCACGCCAGCCGCUGCUUGAACAGUACUGUAGGGCAUGUCCUGUGUUGGGAUUGAAUAUGUGCUGCUUGAGCGGUACUGUAUGACAUCCACUGUGUUGGAUCAAGUAUAUGCUACUUGAAUGGUACUGCAGGGUAUAUAUGAUAUGAUAUAUGAUAUAUUUGUCUCAUGAAAAAGGGUUUGCCAAACAAGUCUUUGAGUCUUUGUCUAAUUUAUUGGAAAACAUUAUCACUACAAAUAAUUCCUUUGGUUGUAUUUAUGUGUAAUGUAAUUUUGUUUCUAAAAAUGUGUGAUGAAUUUUGAUUGAAAUGUAGUUCAUUUCACAUUGAUUUAAAGUCAAGAACUUAUUCUGUUAUCAGUAACUACCCACCCAA